AUAUAGAGUGGCCCCAACGAGGGACACACUUUAGUUGAAAUUCUGCAGUCGUCGCUUUGAGUCUUUUUGGAAGGCUUUCCGUCUUAGAAGACUGCCUGUACACAGAUCCACGACGAAUAGGUGCGAAGUUGGACACAAGACAAACGUCAGGAUGAAGACACUUAUUGUGCUCAUGUGCUCACUAGUCGUCGUUUGGGCUCGUUACGAAAAUGAAAUGAGGCUUGCCAACAACCGAUUCGCGGUGGACCUUCUUAGAGGCCUCCCCAGUUCCCCAGAAAAGAACAUCUUUUUCUCACCCUACAGUAUUUCAACAGCGAUGGGGAUGGUUUUCGCAGGAGCUGAAGGUGAAACUCUAAAAGAUUUGUACGACGGCUUUGGUUAUCUACGCUCUGGUCUUAAAGAGGACUGGGUAUUGCAAGCAUACGCGGAUCAUGCUAAGCAACUCCAGGUUGGGCAAUCGCAGUCGACAUUCGACGUUGCCAACGCCGCUGCCAUUCACGAACGCCUGGCCCUCCUGAGUGCUUACGAGAACACCCUGGAUAGCACUUUCCAUGCCCAACUACUGAAGGUAGACUUCGUCAACGGUGGGACGGCAGCAGUUGACGAAAUCAACAGGUGGGUCAAGCAAAAGACCCAUGGCAAGAUCGAUAAACUUUUCGAUGGGGCUCUCGACCCGCUCACAAGGCUCGUUUUGCUGAACGCCAUCUUUUUCAAGGGAGCGUGGAGCACAAAGUUCGACGAGAGCGCAACUACUAAGAAGCAGUUUCUGAACGGUGGCACGACUCCAACACAAGUGGACACCAUGACGAAUAGGAUCCGCAUUGGCUACAAAUCGUUUCCGGCAAUGCGGUUGGAAGUCGCAGAAUUGCCUUACGCUGGCGGCAACUACAGUAUGGUCAUAUUAUUGCCAAGGGGGAGCGAAGGAAUAGAAGGAUUCAAGCACAAUCUGACAGAACAUCUUCUGCAAGAUUUCAUUGGUCACGUUGAGCUGAGGGAAAUAACCGUGUCUCUUCCCAAAUUCAAACUGGAGACUGAGUAUUCACUCAAGGACAACCUGAAGAGGUUGGGAAUCACAUUGAUCUUCGGUGCUCAGGCUGACCUGUCUGGCAUCUCGGGCGGUGGUGACCUCGUGGUGUCUGACGUGGUGCACAAGGCUGUUGUGGAAGUCAACGAAGAAGGCACGGAGGCUGCCGCUGUAUCGGGAGUCGUCGUCAACACCAGACUGGUCGAAGUACCCACUUUGGAGUUCAACGUCGACCAGCCUUUCGUCUUAUUUAUUCGGAACACCCAGACUAAAGAUUUGCUCUUCGCGGGACAAGUCAACCAUCUCUGAAGGAGACCAUAACUGUGCACAACGAAAACACGCCACGAAGACAAUCUCCAUAAAGAAAGAAUAAAAACUGCCAACGUUGUCAUUCUUGA